UCCUUGCGGCUGCUGCGGGUACCACCGGGUCUGAGCUGGACACGGAGUCCCUCCCAUCUCAGCAUCUUUUCCCAAAAACACAAACAAGAGGAAAAAAACUCAAGUUUGCUUUUGAGCUUCUGCUCUGAAGUUACCUGCACUCAAAGUCCAGGAGAAGAAAAAAAAAAAAAACUAGGAGAAACUUAUGGGCUUUUGAUUUAUUUUUAUUUUUCUAACUUUAUGAACUACAUGUGAAUCCCACCCAACAAGCAGAGGAUACAGGACUCCUGCAGAUUUAAGGAGCUCAAAGUUGGGACUUAAAGCCAAAGUGAUGCUGUGGAUGUGAUUCAAACCGUUUCAGAGUCCUGAGCCACAAUGAAAGACGAAUUCACCGAUGAAGAGGAGGUGCAGUCCUUUGGCUAUAAAAGGUUUGGGAUUCAAGAGGCCACAGAGUGCACAAAGUGCAAAAAUGACUGGGCAUUAAGAGCAGCCAUCUGUCUCCUCUAUGUGCUCUGUGCCCUGCUCACAAUAGCAGUGGCUGUCCUUGGAUACAAAGUUGUUAAGAAGAUGGACAAUGUGACAGAAGGAAUGCAAAAUUAUGGAUGGAAGAUCAAUGCUGUGGAAUCAGACUUAAUGAAACUAGAUGAUCAGGCAGAACAGAAGUCCGUCAAUGCAACCAGUGAAAUUAACACUUUCAAGUCAGAGCUGGAAGCAUUGCAAGGCCAACUGAAAGACGUUAACGUCAGAGCAACGAGCAACAGAGAGACGCUGAAUGACCUUCUAGUCACAGGAGAUGAUGUGCAGAACGGCCAUGUCUCCCUGCAAAGAGUUCUCGAAGAUAAUGCAGCCUCGCUGCGUGGAAUCAAUCAGUCGCUGGCCUCCUACAGUGGAAUGAUUGACAGCCUCCAGACAGACACAGCACAGCUCCAGUCUGAGUUACAAGACCAGGUCAAAGGGCAAAGUGAGACCCAAGUGAGCAUUGGCGCCCUUAACAUCACCCAAACCCAGCAGCGCAAUCUGCUCGGCACACUGCAGAAGACAGUUGAAGAUACAAGCCUGGCGAUACAGAAGCUGAAAAAUGACUAUCAGAUCCUUCAACAGACGGCCAGACAGACACGUACAGACACAGAGUGGCUCAAAGAAAAAGUCCAGAACCUUCAGGUCUUGGCAGCCAACAAUUCAGCACUGACCAGAUCCAAUGGAGACACGCUGGAGGAUUUAGGAGCUCAGCUCAGCACUUUAGCAAGCCAAAUCCGGAACACAUCAGCACUCGGUGAAGGCCAUGACCAGGGCUUGCGUGAGCUGAUGGACAACCAGAGAGACCAUGAUAAUGCCACCUCAUUAAAAUUUGAUGAGAUGGAAGCUAGGUUAGACAGGCACGAGAAUGACAUGGACCGUGUGACUGGAAACAUGAGUUUUGCUGCACAGAUUUUAGGUGUCAUCAGCUCCGACCUGAAUGGCCUUAGAUCCUGUGCUGAAACAGUGAUGAGGCAUUCAGAUCUGUUAGCAGCGCUGAAUGCCAGCAUGGAAGAGGUCAAGACUGACAGCAAGGAGCUGCGUACCCAGCAGGAUGAACUGACAUCCAAACUGGACCAGGAGGUGAAUAACCUGUCCGUGGUGAUGAAUGAGAUGAAGCUGGUGGACAGCAAGCACUCACAGCUCAUCACAAACUUCACCAUCCUGCAGGGUCCACCAGGUCCAAAAGGCUCCAGGGGUGACAAAGGUCCUCAGGGGCCAAUGGGUCAGACAGGACAAAAGGGUACUAAAGGAGACAGAGGUAUGCCAGGAUUGAUGGGACAUAAAGGAGAGAGAGGUGCUCCUGGACCACCUGGCAUGGAAGGUCCAAAAGGUCAGCCCGGGGCUUUGGGGGCACCAGGAUCUAAAGGACCCAGAGGACCUGGAGGUCGAGCCGGAAGUCCUGGUGAUAAGGGUGACCCCGGGGCUGUUGGUAUUCCUGGUAGGGAUGGACUACCUGGAUCACAAGGCCUACCAGGUCCACAGGGGUCCAGAGGUGCAGUAGGACCUGCAGGUUUAGAGGGACCUCGUGGGCUCGUUGGACCUAUUGGCCCUCGUGGUCCUCCAGGUCUUCCUGGGCUGCCAGCACUAAAACCUUCUGUAAUUGUAAAUCCACCUCAGCCUCCACAGGACUUCAAACCAACCCAACCAACAGUAGGCCCGGUACCAACAGAGAAACCACAAAGUUCUAUGUCUCAGCAGGUUCAGCUCCCACCUGCUGCCACCACCCCAACAACCGGUUGUCCACCAAAGUUCACAAAGUUUAAAAACAGCUGCUACUACUUCUCCUCUGGUGCUCAGAGACUCAACUUUAAUGAGGCAAACAAGUUUUGUACCAACAUUUCGUCUCAUAUGCUCAUAAUCAAUGACAAUGAGGAACAGCAAUAUGUGAAGAAUGUAAUUGCAGGAAAGGGCUACUUCUGGCUGGGGCUUACUGACAAAGAGAAGGAAAAUGUCUGGAAGUGGGUGGAUGGAACCAUGCCAGUUUUCACACAAUGGAAGCCAGGUCAGCCUGAUAAUUGGACUCACGGUCAUGAAGAAGGCGAGGAUUGUGCGGGCCUUAUUCAUAAUGCCAACUGGAAUGAUUUCUACUGCACCGACCGCAUCGGUUUCAUCUGCGAACGCUCCUCUGACUAUCUGGGGAAGGCGAAAUCUGUUGUUGCCAACGCUCUAGCGAUGCCUCUUUUCACGACCAACCCUUUUGACCAAGAUGUUGAGAAAGCAACUAGUGAGAUGAACACGGCUGAAGACUGGGGCCUCAUCCUGGAUAUAUGUGAUAAGAUAGGACAGUCCCGAACUGGGCCAAAAGAAUGUCUCCGCUCCAUAAUGAGAAGAGUGAACCACAAGGAUCCACACGUAGCCAUGCAGGCACUGACUCUUCUCGGUGCUUGUGUGUCAAACUGUGGGAAGAUUUUUCACUUGGAGGUGUGCUCCAGAGAGUUCGCCAGUGAAGUCAGUAACGUCUUAAACAAAGGUCACCCAAAAGUGUGUGAGAAGCUGAAGGCCCUGAUGGUGGAGUGGGCUGAGGACUUCCGCAACGACCCGCAGCUCAGUCUGAUCUCAGCAAUGAUAAAGAAUUUACGCGAGCAAGGUGUGGCCUUCCCUGCGGUGGGUUCCCAGGCUGCAGAGCAAGCAAAAGCAAGCCCAGCAUUAGUGGCAAAGGAUCCCUCCACCUCCACAAACAAAAAAGAAGAGGAGGACUUAGCCAAAGCUAUUGAACUGUCGCUGAAGGAGCAGCGCCAGCAGCUGCAGACCUCCUUGUCGAGCCUUUACCCGAACACGUCCAGCCUGCUUUCCACACACAAGUCAGACGGCAGGAAAGUCCGAGCCAUCUAUGACUUUGAGGCUGCAGAGGACAAUGAACUCACCUUUAAAUCGGGAGAGAUCAUCACCAUUCUUGACGACAGUGACCCCAACUGGUGGAAAGGAGAAACAUACCAGGGUGUCGGGCUGUUCCCGUCCAACUUUGUCACUGCUGAUCUCACGGCAGAGCCUGAGAUGAUGAAGACGGAGAAGAAGACCGUGCAGUUCAGUGAGGACAUCCAGGUGGAAACCAUAGAGCCUGAACAGGAGCCUGUAUAUAUAGAUGAGGACAAAAUGGACCAGUUACUGCAGAUGAUCCAAAGUGCAGAUCCAACAGACAACCAGUCGGACAGUAUUGAGUUACUACAGCUGGAAGGUGCCUGUAAUCAAAUGGGACCCCUUAUUGACCAGAAGCUGGAGGAUAUAGACAGGAAGCACUCUGAGCUGUCAGAGCUGAACGUGAAGGUGAUGGAAGCUUUGUCUUUGUAUGCAAAGUUGAUGAAUGACGAUCCAGUCUAUGCCAUGUAUGCCAAGCUGCAGAGCCAGCAGUACUACAUGCAGCAGCCUGCCAGUGCGGUGCAGCAGGUCUACCCUGGUCAGCCUACAUCGGGUUCAUACGCCAUGAGCGGUACUGGGGUUCAAGGUUAUACUGUUCCUGUGGAGCAGCUUCCUCCUGGAACCCCGAUUCCUCCUCAGCAAGUUCCCAGCGACGGCCACAUGUACAUGGGCCAGCCGCCGGUUUACUCUGCAGCUCCUGGCUCCAUGGCCCCAGCAGAUGUUCAUUCCUACCCGAAUCCAGCUAGCACCGCAGUCCCCGUACCGUGCACUACACCUGCAGGCAUGAUGCAGACGCCAAACUACAGCGCCCACACCGGCACAAGCUUAGCACCUCCCUCAGACGCCCCACAUGCUCCCUACUCAGAAAAAGCCUUACUAUAGGGCAUCCUGAAUACUCUACAUUAAAGGAAAAGAAAAACCCCACACGAACCGCACUCGGUUAAAUAGUUCUCUUUUUUAAUAUUAUGAGGCAACAGAUGAUUUAAAGUUCGCAAACAGAGUAGGUUAACACUGGCAUUAGGUGCACUUUGGAUUUUUAAUAGGCAAAAAUACACAUAAAGAUACAGUUAACUUCAGUCUACGGUCAUUUCAGCCUCUAAAACCAACCGUGUUGCUAAUCAUGUUACAAUAAGAUGUGCUUACUUUAUUUUAAAUCAAAAACAGAGCGUUUUUGAACGGGACUUUUCUUCUACCUUCUACACACAUCAUCAACGUUCCGAAGUACUGAGAACUGAAGCCACUUUGUUUUUCUGGAGGGGAAAGAGACGAGAGGGACUGAAGCACGAGUGUCACUCGUAAAUACCUGUACUAAAGUCGUAGUGACGCCACACGAUGACCUCAGUAUGUGGGCUGUAUGUUGGCACAGCUCUGGGCGUCCCGUUUGCAGUCAGUGCAUGCUCCUAGUCAGAUGGAAAUGUAACUAUCCACACAUAUCUGGGGGGAAAAAAAAAAUUAUUUCAACGAUGCUGCUUCUUUUUCAUACUGCAAAGUUUUAACCUGAGUGUUUUUUCACCU